AUGGAUCUCUUAUCAGCAUUAAAGACUCUGCGGAAUGCGCCAGAUGACGCUCUCCGAAUUUACAGGCACGAGAUUGCCUCUGUUUUAAUAGAAGUUGAGAAACGAUUGAGGAGAGUGGUUUCCGCUACGGAUUCUCAAUCUAAAGUCUUGCCCAUGAUCUGCUGCUUUUGCCAACAGUCAUCUUCAUCCACGACUCAUGAAGAUGAACCUGCAUCAGGUAGCUCAGAAUAUUCUAUCCGUCAGUCAGAUGACAAUGACCCAGAUAACAAUCCCGACGACGACCCAGACAACGACGCUGGCAUUGGGAGUUCGGACGGAGCACAAACACGAAUUUCCAUAAAUUUACAGUCCUGUCCAUCACAACAUAGAAACAUUCCUGAUAAUGCUCUUAGCGAUGCAUCCACCCCGGCACCAGAGCGGCCGUAUAAACUGGUUGAAGCGUUGACAAAAGUCCUGCCUUGGUUAUGGGAAUUCAAAGAAAAUGAACCUGUCAGCAUUAUCCGAAGGAAGCGAUUGCGAUUGCAUAAGAGAGACAGAAGACUGGAUGAUAUCCAGCGUGUCGAAGGCAAUAGGUCCCCAAAGGAAGAGGACAAGUUGUUCAGAGGACUUGCUCAGAGAUCGCUGGCUCUCCAAUUUACACGAACGCAAGAGACUGAACAAAAGACUGAACAACUAUCAAAAGUGGAUAAGCUGUGUCAGAUCCUUUCUUCUCGGAAAUUUGAUCGAAAAGCCCUAUAUGAAAAGCGAGGGGGAGUUGUUCAGAAAUACAUCAGAAGAAUGAAUCCAAACAUCGCCAGUGACGACAUAGCUCUUACCAUCCGAGCCAUCAAUGCUGGAAUCAAACAGCUGGUGAUUGAACGACUACUUAAAGAACGGCUCAUGGCAAUGCGACGAUCAAACAGUACAAGUGGAGUAUCUGCUGUUACAGCUUUGACUAUCAGAGCCUUCAGGGAACUGCACUUGGAGGAAAUACCCAACUUCAUUGACGUCUUGUUCCUCGAGUCAUCCGUGGUGGAGCUGCCAGUCAAGCCGUCCACUUCAGACCAGUCAAGCACUACUCCCCUUCAUUCUUCUGGACAUCAUAGUUGUUUUAUCACAAUGGUUCGACAAGGUUCAGCGCAGCAACCUGUCCCGAAGCGCGUUUGUCUCGCGCCUCUCAGGUUGAAUGACAGAGCACUAGAUAUCUUAAUCCAAUCACCACAUCAGGCCCCAGAAGGCGGGGGACGUGACAUACAGCGGCUUCCCCACCAGGCUACAGCUUUUGUCGGCAACAACGACACUCUUGAAUCUCGCGGAACGGCUGCAUCACCCGAUGACCCUGUACGGAUAAAUGAACCAUCGCCAUUUGAUGAUGACCAUGAUGAAUCUCGAGUUGAUUCCGGCCAGCAGUUGGAGACUUCUCCUCAUUCACAACAUCGCCCAGCCGACAACUGCGGUGUUACUCUUCCCGGAGACGACAGUGACAUUGUGCAGGGUCACAACGCAACUCUCCAUCCUGAAGAACAAGAAGCUGCUCGAACGCUCUCCCAUAUCCAUGACUUGACGUUUAAUUCCACAGAGACUGCAUUGGACCGGAACCCGACAAGAGAGGCAGUCGCUAUUGAGAGAUCUCGCAGACUACCGACCCAUUAUUCAGGGGCUUCCUUUUCGGACAGCAGCUAUACCAGCCCGCAAGUAUGUCACAGCAUACAGAACCAAGCUGAACAGACAGACGGGAGCGCAUCUGUUCCAUAUCAGACUACAAUUUCGCCGGGCCAGCAAGAAGGGAAUCAGCUUCCGUCGAUGAGCAGCACAUCUCAAGCGUCAGACAGCCCUUGGCACGAUUUCCCCUAUCAAGCAGAGCAUCGGCAUUAUAAUACAUACCAAUCAACCAGUGAUAAUGUGAACUCCACGGAAUCAUGUAAAAACACAGUUCCCGAGUCUCAAGUUGAUUCCGGCCAGCAGUUGGAGGAUGCUCGUCAUUCACUGCAGCAAGAGAAUUAUGACCGACCAGUCGCUUCAAUGGUUGAUCCGCAAAGCGCUUGCAACUCUCAGAUGCUGAAUUUGCAACCUUUCCCCAAUUCUGAUCCGGGUUGGCUCUUUCCCAAUUCAGAUCCGGGCUGGGUAGAUAGCGACUUACAUUUUCCUUUUCCAAAUUGGGACACUACUUUUUUCUACAGUUAA